AUGGAGAACCCGCCAACGGCCAAAGAGCUUCCUCCAGCUCCCCUCCUCUCCGAACCCUUGAACAUCAGCAAAAUCAGUCGCACCCGGACCACUCCGGUUGACCUGGAUACCAUGGACAGUUCUGGACGGAGCAAUGGACGUUCGUCGAUCGACUCCACCUCCGAAAGGCCCAAGUCGCAGUCCGGGGAGGCGGCUGACACCGCCAGGGCUGGUCCCAGCGGUUUUUCGAAGCUACUCCGGAGGAAGAAGAACAAGAAGAAUCAAAAGCAAACCGAUGAACAGUCGACCGAUAAUGAUAGGGAUAUCCCGGGUUCGCGUGACGGGGAUUAUGCUGCUUCUUUGUUCGCGAAUGACAAUAAUCCUCUGCCUGAAAAUGAGGCUGGGACACUCUUGGCGGAUGAUUCUGAAUUGGACCGGUCCCUGCAAAACUCUUCCUCGAACAACGGCAUUAAUACCACGUCAUCGCCUUUGAUUCAGACAACCUCCAUCGAUGCUACUGAUACCGAGGGCGUACAAGCGGAUGUAGAAUCCGCCGUGAGUGGUCCCAGUGCUACUGCAUCCGAUUCCAAUCCCGACGCAGAUCCGUCGAAAUCUGCGACACAAAAUCCAUCGACUUUGGAAAUCCCUGAAAGUCGUACUGGUGGGAAACGGAGGGGCACAUCGCCUGGACGGCGAUUCAAGAAUGCGUUUAGCAGCUCUGCCCAAGACAAGAAGGAUACCGAGGGUGGUCGCGAACGUUCAUCUUCUACUUCGAGCAAGCGGAGUAUGACGCUCUUUGGAGGCAACGGUAGAAGAGGAAGCUUGUCCGCGAAGAGAGCACAAACAUCCCAUGGUAUCGUCGCCGAGCCACCUCCACCACUCCCCCCUAUUCGUACGGACCUCACAGAGGACAAGCCUUCCGAACUGUCAGAGCGCCCAAGAACACCGCCUCAUACAGCGUUACCGGUGCCAGCGCCGCAUACCACCGUGACACCACCUACGCCGUCAGAGCAUCGACUUGAGUUCCCCAAACUGAUCGAUUCUCCGGAAGUUACCAGCUCCCCCGAAUCGAUUACACCAGGCGAGGGUAUUGUCGUGAGUCCGUCAGGGAACAUGAUUUCCCACCGCCGAGUUCGUUCAGCGUCGUCCGCCCACCGGCCUAGCAAACUAUCGAAUUCCAUUUCCGUGAGCCCCACCAUCGAAGAAGUCAAAUCCAGCUCGAGGAACCCUUCUGCUGCCCAGCAGGCUGGCUUCUUUUCAUCAAUGUUUUCUGCAGCCCAAAACGCUGCCUCCACGCUCAGCAGCAGCCUGAAUAAUCAACCCCGUAAUCCAUCACAGCUGGACAGCACAACAAACGCAUCGCAGACCAAUAGCGGAGCGGAGGAUGCAAAAGGGGACAGCAACAAUAGCAACGGAGAAGAAAAGAGAUCACUGGCAAUUGAGACCCUCGGAUCUGGCGAUUUGGACUUCAGUCACCUGGAAGUAAAUGUACCUCCGGGUGGUUCAGUGUCGACCCCGGACGGGAUCGUUAUCACGAAGCCGGAUCUACCACCUGAGAAGCGCAAAAACAUGGCUGUCUACCAACGGGAUGAGGAGGCAGCAAUGCUGGAAGUUCCCCCUACCGAUGAACCUCUGGAGCUUGGGUCCACAACUUCUCUCCCCAAAGACUUUGGCGGUGAUCAGCCUCCUCCGAGUGGUGAUAUCCUGGACGCAGAUCUUGGCACUAGGUCAAGACGAAGUCCCAGUUUACGGGGCCGUCUGAUCGGGCGGCAUCGGGGUUCUUCUGCGGCUACAACAUCAUCCACUGUUGGUGCGCUUGCCGGUGCUGGUGCUGUUGCUUUGGCUGCCCCGGGUGCCACCCCGAGUGUUCCGCGAUCGACAGGGUUCGCCGUUGCUGGCAAGAAGCGUAACAGGGACUUUCAUCAGCUGUUCAGGAGUGUUCCUGAAGAUGAUUACUUGAUUGAAGAUUACAGCUGUGCGUUGCAGCGAGAGAUCAUUCUCGCUGGUCGUAUCUACGUUUCCGAAGGCCAUAUCUGUUUUUCCAGUAACAUCCUGGGAUGGGUCACCACCCUCGUGAUCAGCUUCGAUGAAGUGGUAGCAAUAGAAAAAGAGUCUACGGCGAUGGUCUUCCCCAAUGCUAUAGCGAUCCAGACACUGCAUGCUCGUCAUACUUUCCGCAGUCUGCUUAGUCGAGAGUCAACCUAUGAUCUGAUGGUGAACAUCUGGAAGAUUAACCACCCGGCUUUGAAGAGUUCUAUCAAUGGGACACGGGUUUCUCAUGGCACCGGCGACAAGACCGAGAAGGCCGGAGAAAGCGAUGUGGAAAGCGAUGAAGACAACGAGGAAGACGAAAUCUACGAUGAGGACGAAGACGGGGACACGGUGGACAGCUUUGUUGAGGCCGCAAGCGUCAAUGGAAGCGAACCAACAAAUCCAAGAAAGGCCCUGAGCCGUCAAGCCUCUGGUAAUAUUCCCAAAGCUAGUGCCAACGGACCUGACGCUGGUGAUAACGGCAACUCUGCCUCUGGGGAUACGGACUUCCCGGGGCCUGCCACACACGCGCCAACCGAAUACACUGACCCGAAUGGCCAGUAUGAUAAAGUCGUCAAGGAUGAAGUUAUCCCCGCUCCUCUGGGCAAGGUCUACUCUCUGGUUUUUGGACCGGCGUCUGGGGCAUUCGUUCCAAAAUUCCUCGUUGACAACCAGAAGUCAGGAGAGCUCCAGUUCUCGAGCGAGAAGCAAGGCCUUACUAAUGACAGUCGGAAUCGAGAAUAUUCCUACAUCAAGCCAUUGAACGGUUCGAUCGGCCCUAAGCAGACCAAAUGUAUCAGUACCGAGUACUUGGAUUUUCUGGAUUUGGAGAAAGCGGUACUCGUCACCUUGACCACUCAGACCCCUGAUGUACCCAGUGGAAACGUGUUCAGCGUGAAGACGAAAUACCUGUUCACGUGGGCGGCGGGCAACCAAACGCGCUUCCUCAUGACUUGUACCAUUGAGUGGACGGGGAAAAGUUGGCUGAAGGGCCCGAUCGAAAAGGGUGCUAUCGAUGGUCAAAGCGGGUUUGGAGGCGAUUUGAUCCAGGCUAUCAAAGGUGCGAUUGCUCCUCGUGCUCGCCCAGGCACGGCCAAACCUGGCAAAGGUAAGGGCAAACGCAAGAAGGGAGAUGCCGCUGGUCAAGAACCGGCGCCUGCCAUCGCGGCGACUGAUGCUACCGCGAGCAAAGCCGAUUCCUGGGGAAUAUUGGAACCCCUUCAAGGAGUACUCGAGCCUGUUAUGGAAAUCAUGAAGCCCUUGGUGAGUGGCAAUGUUGCCAUUGCGAUUAUUGGCAUUCUUCUUUUCCUCCUAUUUUUCCGAACACCCUUCCGGUCGACGGUGCCGUCGUCGCAUGACAUAGGGUGUCCGGGGUACACCCUUCCUCAGCGUCUUGCCGCUUAUGAGGAGAUGUGGCGGAGAGAAGAAAGUGAACUUUGGAGUUGGUUGGAGGACAGAGUUGGUCUUGAAGGGGCCCUAUUCCCAAUGGUCAGACCAUCUGUGUCACCAUUACGCCAGAAGGCUCAGCAGCUGCGAGCUGAACGAGAACUGUCGGCAAAGAUGAGCGAUGACAAGAUGACUGAUCGGGAGAUGGAUGCUGCCAUACGGACCACGCGCGAGAGACUCGAUGCUCUCGAAGACAUUUUAAACAAGCGCAAAGCGCACUCGAUUGUUGAAGAAGUGCAAUCACGCCAUGAGCUGUAG